AUGGCAAAUCGCUUCGUUCGUUCGUCUAAAUACCGGCACGUCUUCGGCCGCCCGACUCGAAAGGAACAAUGCUAUGACAAUAUAAGGGUGUCCAAGAACGCAUGGGACAGCAAUUUGAUCAAGGUCAACCCCGAGUACCUCUCAGUCAACUGGGAGAGCAGUGGUGGCGGUGCUUUUGCGGUCAUUCCCCUAAAGGAGAAAGGACGGUUGCCGGAACGAAUACCUCUCUUCCGAGGACAUACUGCCGUGGUGCUGGACACAGAUUGGAACCCUUUCAAUGAUUCCUUGAUAGCGUCAGGUGCCGACGAUGGCAAGGUUUUCUUGUGGAGAGUACCAGACGACUUCACCCUACACCUGGACCUUCCCCCGGACGAGAUUCAAGAUGUUGCCCCUGUCGGCAAACUGAGCGGCCACCCUAAGAAAGUGGGACAUGUGCUGUUCAACCCUGCAGCCGAGAAUGUCCUGGCAUCCGCUGCCGGCGAUUUCACAAUCAAAAUAUGGGACAUCGAGGCUGGGGCUGCCAAACUCUCUCUAAAGGUGGGCGAGGUGAUACAGUCAAUGUCAUGGAGCGCGAAUGGGUCGUUGAUGGUCACGACAUCCCGCGACAAGAAGCUGAGAAUAUGGGACACCAGGCAAGAAAAGCCGAUCCAUGAGGUACCUGGUCACGCCGGUGCGAAGAACAGCAGAGCCGUAUGGAUGGGUGAGCAUGACCGAGUUGCUACGACGGGCUUUUCCCGGAUGAGCGAUCGCCAGCUGGCUCUAUGGGACAUCAGAGCUCCCCAGGCAGGACCCAUAGACGGGUUUCAGAUGCUCGACUCCAUUUCGGGAGUAUGCAUGCCUUUCUGGGACGAUGGCACGCAAUGUCUCUACCUUGCCGGAAAAGGAGACGGUAAUAUUCGUUACUACGAGUACGAGCACGACAAGUUCGAAUAUUUGUCUGAGUACAAGUCCUCCGACCCCCAGCGCGGCGUUGCCUUUAUCCCAAAGCGAGGGGUCAACAUGCACGAGAACGAAGUCAUGCGUGCUUACAAAACAGUGAACGACAGUUAUAUCGAACCAAUCUCGUUCAUCGUACCACGAAGGGCAGAGACCUUCCAGGAAGACAUCUACCCGCCCACCGUUGGCUUGAAACCCGCCAUGAGCAGCAAAGAAUGGUUCGAAGGCGCCACAGGUCUGCCUCCAAAAAUCUCUUUGGAGAGCCUUUAUGAUGGCACAGGCGUGAAGGAGGUACCCGCUGACGAAGCCGCCACCCCUCCGAAGAAGGCGCCCGAGCCUAUAAAGGUGUCGGAGCCUCAGAAAGAGGUUGCCAAGCCAGAGCCGGAACCUACGCCCACUACCGUACGAACCCCACCGCCGUCCAUGAAGGAGCAAGGUGCCACCAUGAUGGCUGCUGCCAGCAAAUUCCAAGAUACAGAGCCAAUGGAGGGCGACGAUGACGAUGAUUCCAGCUUCGAGGAAGUCCAGAAACCUGUUGAACGCAGGUCCCCGGCCAAGAAGGUUGCUACCGAUGAUGUGCAAAGGCUGCAUAACGCACCAACAGAGGUGACAAGUAAUGUGUGGGAAGACGCGGAGGCCCCCGAGCCGAAGCCUUCUUCGCCCGUCAAGAAAACCGAGACGCAACCCACCACGGAAGGCACAGCUACCCAUGGACCAGCUGCUAUUAAGAGCGGUGACGCGACUUCUGCCUCGGUGCAGGACGAGAUUCACAACAUAAAGACACUGAUGGCUCAACAGUCGCAGCAGCUGAGCACUUUGACCCAGGCGCUUACGGAUCUUGUGGCCGAGGUGAAAACUCUCAAAACAUCACGAUAG